AUGGUGGCCGAUGCUUUGACUAGAAAGGCUAUAAGUAUGGGCAGCCUUGCACAUAUUCCAGUUGGCGAAAGGCCGCUAGCUGCAGAUAUUCAGACUUUGGCCAAUCAAUUCGACAUAGUGAGCCACGGUGGUGCUAAGCAAGUUGUUGUGGGAGAUGAUGGAGUUCUGCGGAUGCACGAUCGUAUUUGCGUUCCUAAUGUGGAUGGGCUUCGUGAAUUAACUCUCGAAGAGGCCCACAUCUCUUGUUAUUCUAUUCAUCUGGCCCUUUUUGUUGCUCACACAUACAAAAGUAGAAACAGAGCUAGUACUGCAAAGAAUAGUAGUAUUGGGGCUCCUAAAGCUCCAGGUGCAUGGCCAUUCAUUGGUCACCUCCAUCUUCUUAGUGACCCGGUCCCAGCUUGUCGAACCCUCGGACUCAUGGCUGAUAAAUAUGGACCAAUUUUUCAACUUCAGCUAGGAACCCAUCCGGCUCUUGUUGUAAGCAGUUGGGAAAUGGUUAAAGAUUGCUUCACUACAAAUGACAAAAUAUUUGCAAGUCGACCAAAAAUGACACUAAGCAAGUACUUUUACAAUGAUGCUGUUUUUGCUUUGGCCCCUUAUGGACCAUAUUGGCGUGAAAUUCGCAAAAUGGUGACUCUUGAACUCUUCACCAAUAGCCGUCUUGAGAAACUGAAGCAUGUCCGUGCAUCAGAAGUUGAUUGUUGUAUUAAAGAAUUGUACUCGUUCUGUAAUAAUAAUAAUAAUUUCCCAACACAAGUGAACUUAAGUAGCUGGUUUGAGCACAUAACGUGCAACAUAAUUAUUAGAAUGCUUGCUGGGAAGCGAUUUUCGAGCAGUGUUAAUGAACAGAGUGGAACAAAGGAAAUGCAAUUCAAAGAAUCAAUAAAGAAAGCGUUGUUUCUUGGUGGAACUUUCGUUGUUUCGGAUGUAAUUCCAUCGCUUGAAUGGAUGGAUAUUGGUGGCCAUAUUAAAGCCAUGAAGCAGACCUUUAAUGAAGUUGAUAGUGUAUUUGAUAUCUGGUUAAAAGAACACAUCCAGAAAAGAAAAGAUUGUGAGAAUAGUAAUACUGGAGAUGAUCACCAAUCUGAUUUUAUUGAUGUGAUGCUUUCAACUCUUCCAGAGGAAACCAUGGUGUCUGGAUACGAUCGUGAUGCCAUUAUCAAGGCAACGACAUUGAUACUUAUCAUGACUGCAUCAGAGAGCACUGCGGAGACAUUAAUAUGGACACUUUCUCUGCUAAUGAAUGACCGUCGCAUACUGAAGAUAGCCCAAGAUGAGCUAGAUGAGCACGUAGGAAGAAACAGAUGGGUUGAAGAAUCCGACAUGAAAAACCUGAAAUAUCUACAAGCCAUAGUAAAAGAAACAUUACGUUUGUACCCACCUGGUCCUUUGGCAGGACCUCGAGAGGCUAUAGAAGACUGUUAUGUUGGCAAGUAUCAUAUUCGAAAAGGCACUCGUUUGAUUGUCAAUUUAUGGAAACUUCAGCGCGACUCGAGUAUUUGGGAGAAUCCUAAUGAGUUUCAACCAGAGAGAUGGUUCUUGAAGGAACAUAUGAACAUUAAUUUUAGAGGACAGAGUUUUGAGUAUAUUCCCUUUAGCUCUGGCAGAAGAAUGUGCCCUGGUUUGACGUUUGGCACACAAGUAGUGCAUUUGACACUAGCAAGAUUGCUUCAUGGAUUCAAUAUAUCAAUGCCAAGAGAGGAACCAGUAGAUUUAAGUGAGGGGUUGGGCAUUGCCUUGCCCAAAAUGAAACCUCUUCAACCUCUUCUUACUCCCAGGCUGCCUAUGGAACUCUAUCAAAGUCUUUGA